AUGCGUCUUCUCCACACGAAAGAAACCCGAAGCGGUGGCUUUCGUAUCGAGGAAUUCCAGAACGAAGAAGCACUGGAGUACGCUAUUCUCUCACACACAUGGAACGAAGAGGAGGUCACAUUUCAAGAGAUCCUCACCGGGCGCCCAGUCCCUAAGAAAGGGUUCCAGAAAAUCAAAGACUGCUGCGCCAGGGCUAGGCAAGAUGGGAUAGAAUAUGCCUGGGUUGACACUUGUUGUAUUGAUAAAACAAGCAGUGCAGAGCUAUCUGAGGCGAUCAACUCGAUGUAUCGCUGGUAUGAAAAUGCUGUGGUAUGCUAUACAUAUCUUGUCGAUAUUGAAGACGAGUCUGAGAUUGCAGCAAGCAGAUGGUUCACGAGAGGAUGGACCCUUCAAGAGCUGAUCGCUCCAUUGAAUAUGUUGUUUUUCAAUAAAUCAUGGAUGUUUCUUGGAACAAAGGAUGGGCUGCGAGAUACUCUUGCUCUGCUCACUGGUAUUCCACCAGGUGUUCUAUCUGGUCAAGACGACCUCGACUCGAUCAGUGUUGCACAGCGACUGUCAUGGGCUGCAUUCAGGGUCACAACGCGGCCAGAAGACAGGGCCUAUUCCUUAUUAGGCAUCUUUGGCAUCAAUAUGCCCUUGAUAUAUGGCGAAGGGGGGAGGGCUUUCAUCAGACUGCAAGAGGAAAUCCUAAAGGUGUUUGAUGAUCAAACAAUCUUCGCCUGG